CUGCUGAGGACGUACCAGGGGGAAGAGAAGAAGAGCCGGACAGGAAGGAAUUCUUACCCAGACACAGGUUCCGGGGGGUCGGACUGGAGAGAAUAAGGAUUUACCCAGAGGGAGAUUUUCCCAAUCCCAGAGACCAGCAGGAUACAAGAGAAAAUAAUGCUGCUUCAUAUCAGGAAUUGGCCUGAGAAAGAGCAGCAGAACCUCAGUGCUGGGAGAUAUUGUUUAGUUCCAUAUGGAUCUGACAUGUCCAGGAUGAAGAAGAUCAUAGAAGUUGGAAGGGAAAGUAAAAAUGUUCAGGGGAACCUCAGCCGAACCCAAACUCCCAAUGAAUCUGUCAGAACCCCCAACCAGAAUGAUAGGUUCCAGGUAUCUCAGGAACAUUGUGCUGAUGGAACAUCUUCUGCUCUACAAAUACAAAAGCUCCGUAAUACUACUAAUAUACAGAAUAUCAGAAGGCCCAAUAUUUUCAAACUUAAAAAGGCGAAGUCCUCUGUAAAAUCACACAUUGCCAAGAUGUGUCACCAAGGCACAAAAAUGCAUAUUUCCUCUAAAGCCCACAGUGCCCUGAAACCUUUUAUCUGCCCAAAAUGUGAGAGGAGAUUUUGUGACAUCCGGAACCUUCUCACCCACCAGAGAAUCCACACGGGGAGGAGCUUUGUCUGCUCCAAAUGUGGGAAAUGUUUCUCUCACAGAAAGAUCCUCAUUGCUCAUAAAUGGGUUCAUACUGGGAGGAAACCAUUCACCUGCACUGAAUGUGAUAAGGGCUUCUUAUGGAACAGGGACCUUCAGGAACAUAAAAAGAGCCAUAAAAGAAGAAAAAAUAGCAGCUAUCUCUUGGCUCACACGGGAAAGAGACUGAAAGAAGUUAGUACUGACUCUUGUAAAAGAGAGAAGGUGUUUUACUGCAGAGAGUGUGGUAAAAGCUUCAGGCAAAAGUCUAGGCUUGAGAUCCACAUUCAGUGCCACACAGGCGAGAAGCCAUUUGUCUGUGUUCAUUGUGGGAAAGGCUUCAGAGAUAAGUAUAAACUCAGUCUGCAUCUAAGGAUUCACACAGGAGAGAAACCAUUUGUCUGCACUGAGUGUGGGAAAGGCUUUAGGGAUUCGAGCUCUCUGAAAUCUCACCUCCGGAUUCACACAGGAGAGAAACCAUUUGUGUGCCCUGAGUGUGGGAAAGGCUUCAGGAAAAAGUGUGAUCUCAAAUCUCACCUUCAUAUUCACACCGGAGUGAACCCAUUUGUCUGCACUGAGUGUGGGAAAUGUUUCAGGGAUAAAAGUGAACUGAACAUUCAUAUUAACGUACACACAGGAAAGACUUUCCCCUGUACGGAGUGUGGCAAAUCCUUUGCAGCAAAGAAGAAUCUGAAAAGGCACCAAAUGGUUCACACUGGGGAGAAACCACACGAGUGCACAGAGUGUGGGAAACGAUUCAUGGAGAAAAGUAAACUAGAGAGACAUUAUCUAAAUCAUACUGGAGUAAAACCAUUCAGCUGCUGUGAGUGUGGAGAACAGUUCAAAUGGAAACACCAGCUCCAGUAUCACCAACUGAGUCACACUGGGGAGAGGCCAUUUGUCUGUACUGAGUGUGGGAAGAGCUACAAAAGUAAGGAUACACUCACUUAUUCACACAGGGGAGAAACCAUUUGUGUGGAAAACCAUAUAAGAGCUACAGUGCACUGAGGUACCACCUCCAGACUCACAUUAGAUGAUAGUAUCUUGCUAGUAUCCCACAUCUCAGCAUUCCUGAGCUAUCCCACAUCUCAACGUUCCUGAGCUAUCCCUCAUCUCAACGUUCCUGAGCUAUCCCUCAUCUCAACGUUCCUGAGCUAUCCCUCAUCUCAACGUUCCUGAGCUAUCCCUUAUCUCAACGUUCCUGAGCUAUCCCACAUCUCAACGUUCCUGAGCCAUCCUACAUCUCAACGUUCCUGAGCUAUCCCACAUCUCAACAUUCCUGAGCUAUCCCUCAUCUCAACGUUCCUGAGCUAUCCCACAUCUCAACGUUCCUGAGCUAUCCUACAUCUCAACGUUCCUGAGUUAUCCCACAUCACAACGUUCCUGAGCUAUCCCACAUCUCAACGUUCUUGAGCUAUCCCUCAUCUCAACGUUCCUGAGUUAUCCUACAUCUCAACGUUCCUGAGCUAUCCCUCAUCUCAACGUUCCUGAGCUAUCCCACAUCUCAACGUUCCUGAGCUAUCCCACAUCUCAACGUUCCUGAGCUAUCCCACCUGCCCUCAUCAGUGGUGGCCAUAUUCAGUGCAUUUGCUGCUUAAGUGAAUGGGAAUCCAAGACAAAUGAAGAAGGGGGUUUUGACUGAGGUUCUUUCUUAGAGCAGUACAAAUGCUCUAAAGGUGUAAUUGGCUAAACCAAAUACCAUUACACAUUUUGUUUUAUGAGUUCAUGAACACUAUAUACAAAUACUGCAAGAGGAAUGCAUAGAGAACCAUAGGGGCAAAUGUAUUCAGUGAAUAUGGGUCAUUAUCCUGGUGAAGAUUUCUAGUUUUCUGUAGUCACCAACCUGUCUGUUUUGGAAGCAGAAGGCAAAAAGACAGAAAUACACAUAAUCAAUGUUGUUAUCUUUCCCCAACAAGAACCUUAUUAUUUAACAAGACUCAAAAGACAGGGUCUUCAGCAUAAAAGUUUCUUGUUUAUUAAUUAAUAAAAUACAAAGCCUUGUCAGCAACACAAACCAGUGAAUUACAUGUGAUACAAAGAACUUCAAAUAAAGUUGUCAUUCGUUACAGAUU